AUGCCUCGCCAAAAACAUGAGCGAUCACCAUCUCAAGACGUCCUGAAGCACCCCUCCACCAAGCGAGCGAAGGAGAUUAACGGUCCCGACAACCCGUACGACGAACUACUUCAGCGCAUAGAAAAAGCCAAUAAGGCGGAGUCAGAAGUCAAACCUCGCAAUAUCCUCCAUUGGUUUCGCAGCAAGGAUUUGCGCGCAGAGGAUAAUCGUGCCCUGCACGCUGCGUCGCAGACAGCCAAAAAAGGGAAAGGCGCGUUGUUGACGUGUUUCUUAUUCUCGCCUCGGGAUCUCGAGUGGCAUGGGACGAGUCCAGCGAGGAGCGAUUUCAUGUUAGAAGGUCUAAAGCUAUUGCAGGCGCAGUUGGGAGCUUUAAAUAUCCCGCUUUUGCAACUUACUGCAGAGGACAGAGGGGAGAAAGCGGCCAAGAUUGCGAAGUUGGUUAGGGAGCAUGAUGUUAGUCAUGUAUUUGCGAAUAUUGAGUAUGAAGUCGAUGAGCUGAGACGGGAUCUGGAUCUGUUCGAGAAGCUGGGGAAGGAGGAUGUGCAGUUAGUGCUACAUCAUGAUCAGACUAUUCUUGAGCCGCGGAAACUGGUCAAUGGCUCGGGGGCGCCGCAUAAAGUGUUCACUCCUUACUACAAAAUGUGGCUCAAGGAAGUAUCGGGGGAUCCAAGUCUCUUUGACACCGUCGAAGCACCAGCGGCAAACGAUGAAAACAUCAAGGUGGAUUACAAGGACUUUUUUGAUCAACCUAUACCCGAGCUUCCCAAGGACAAGCAGUUCGCUUCUGAGGAUGAAAGAGAGCGUAUUCGCAAGCUCUGGCCCGCCGGUCACGCAGCUGGGAUGAAGCGUCUGCAAGACUUCCUCGGCAACAAAGUCCAAUCCUACGCUACGAACCGCUCCACGCCCGCGGCCGACAACUCGAGCCGCCUCUCCCCCUACUUCGCAGCAGGCACAAUCUCGGUCCGAGAAGCCCUCUGCGCCGCCCAUACCACCAACUCCUCCAGUGCCGACUUCUCCUCCGCCGCCUGCCCCGCCGGGCUCUCCUCCUGGGUCCGCGAAGUCGUCUUCCGCGAGUUUUACCGCCACAUGAUGUGCGUUACCCCCCACAAAAGCCUCAACUUGCCCCAGAAUCUCAAAUUCGACUUCGUCGAAUGGGAGGACGACGAAGAAGGGUGGAAGAAAUGGUGCGAGGGGAAAACGGGGGUGCCCUUCGUGGACGCGGGGAUGCGGCAGUUGAACACAGAGGCGUACAUGCAUAACCGGCUGCGCAUGAACACGAGUAGUUACCUCCGGACGAACUUGCUGAUCGAUUAUCGCCGGGGGGAGAGGUAUUUUGUGGAGCAUUUGGUGGAUUGGGAUUUGUGUAACAAUACUCAGGGGUGGGAGCCGAGCUACACGGUUUUUAACCCCGUGGUGCAGGCUGAGAAGUGCGAUCCCCAGGGGAAGUAUAUCAGGAAGUGGGUGCCGGAGUUGAGGGAUGUCAAGGGGAAGGCGGUGUUUGAUCCAUUUGCGCGAUUGAGUCGGGAGGAGUUUGACAAGUUGGGGUAUCCGCAGCCGCAUGUGGAUUAUAAGGAGAGCAAGGAGAGGUGUAUUCAACGGUAUAAGCACAACAUGGCCGAUGCAGAACCGUAGGCUCAGGCUAUAGAAGUCCAGUUUCGUGGGAGCGGGAAAGUGGGAAGAUCAUGUACAGGUAUGUUGAGCAUCACGUCGAAGAUUCGACCUUUGCGAAAGUUAUAGAUGG